AUGACGGGACGGGCCGUUAUGCGAACCCCUGAACCGCCCGAUCGCGAUGAACGCGAAGACUCGCCACCGCGACUGUCGAGACCGAAACGCACCACCAGACCACCGAAGAAGUAUGCUGGAGAACAAGAGAUCGACAACGAGCAGAGGAAGACACGGCCCCAACAAAAGAAGAGAAUUGAGCCAGACGCCCAGCGUGACGUGGCAACGUCAGACGACGCCGCGACCGAGGGCGACGAGCUCGAUAUCAGCAAUUUGGUGACAGAGAUCGCCAAACUUAGGAGAGAGAUCAGACUCCGAGAGGAACUACACAAGGAAGAACUACAGAAAACCAGAGAAGAGUUUGGUGCCGCCCUCGCCGAGGUCCGAUACGAGCUACAGACCCUGACAGAUAGAAGCCCGACACCUCAAUGCCACUCCGAGACAUGCUGUCCGAACAACCACGAUGAAAUCCUGCGCGAGAUUCAGUCUUUACGCGAGGAAAUCAGCGUUCCCACCCCCACAAGCUCCCCUUCCUAUGCAGAUGUCGCGCGCACCCCUCCGAGCAGCUACCCAAGCAAUAUACGAACCCUCUCAACGUUGAACACGACACCAACCACCUACACCGACACGCUGUACUGCACGAUAGAUACCUCAAAGAUGCCCGAGAGCGAGAGUGAGAAGGUAUCCGCGGGCUUAAUCAGGGCCACAAUCGAGACAGAGAUCCGGACGAUGGAUGAUCACACUCACUGGCGCUGUCGCGCGGUGACAGUGAGCCCACGAAAUACCAACCGGAUCAGAAUCGCGUGUCGCAAUGAAGCCGAGCACCAGCUAGUCAGGAAGGUGGCAGAAGCAAAGAUUGGGGCGGGAGCCCGGGUGCUUCGGGACGAGUUCUACCCGAUCAAGGUCGACAGCGUCAAGAGAACUGCGGUACUGGAUGAGAACUAUGACGUCCUGACAGGAGCGGCGGCGGCCCUAAGCGAGGAGAAUGACACCACCGUCGCCAAAAUAACGUGGCUUAGCAGCAAGGAAGCCGCAAAACCCUAUGGAUCGAUGGUCGUGUACUUAACCAAAGGGACUGACGCGCGGAGGCUCCUGGCCGACGGAUACUUCCACGUUGGGGGAGAAUCCGGGACAACCAGCGUAUUUGAAUAUCGACCACGACCGGUGCAAUGCUACAAUUGUCAGGAGAUUGGUCAUAAGGCGUUCCAGUUGACUGCAAUCAAACGGUUCCGAAGUGUGUCCCGUGCGGAGGUCCUCAUGAAUCAUACAGCAAGAACUGCCGGAAGCUCUAUCCAUCGCGUUAUGAAUAAAACUGUUCGAGUGAUUCAACUGAAUGUGAGGAAGCAGGGUGCAGUACACGAGAGCUUAAUGAACGACGAAGACACUCAAAACGCGGUGGCGCUAGCAAUUCAGGAACCUCAAGCGAGGAGGAUUCAAGGCCGGCUCUUGACUACCCCGAUGGGACAUCACAAAUGGACAAAGAUGGUACCCUCCACCUGGAGGGAAGGGAGAUGGGCGAUUCGGAGUAUGCUCUGGGUCAACAAAGAAAUCGAAGUGGAGCAGGUCCCGGUGGAGUCCCCAGACAUCACAGCAGCGAUGGUCAGGCUCCCCGAGCGGCUGAUAUUCAUGGCAUCGGUCUACGUGGAAGGUGGCAACACCUCAGCGUUGGACGACGUAUGCACUCGUCUACGCGAUGCGCUCACGAAGGUACGAAGGAAUGCAGGUGCGGUGGUGGAGAUUCUGAUUGUGGGGGACUUUAACCGACACGAUCAACUCUGGGGUGGAGACGGCGUGUCGCUGGAGAGACAAGGGGAGGCGGAUCCAAUUAUCGACCUCAUGAAUGAAUUUGCACUCAGCAGCCUGCUAAAACGAGGCACCAGAACAUGGCACGGCGGAGGACAGAGUGGAGACUGCGAGUCUACCAUCGAUCUCGUCCUAGCUUCAGAAAACUUGAAUGACUGCAUGACUAAAUGCGCAAUACUCGGGACCGACCACGGCUCGGAUCACUGCGCGAUUGAGUCCGUAUUCGACGCCCCGUGGUCGGGCCCAAAGCCUCCAGAACGACUUCUGCUGAAGAAUGCACCAUGGAAGGACAUCAAUGCCAGGAUUCAGAACGCUCUGGCCACCCUUCCGUCAGAGGGCACGGUACAGCAGAAAACGGAUCGACUCAUGUCGGCGGUUUCGGAAGCGGUGCAUGCUUUAACGCCAAGGGCGAAACCAUCACCACACGCGAAGCGAUGGUGGACAGCAGACCUGACUCAACUCCGUCACAUAUACACAUACUGGAGAAACCACGCUCGCUCCGAGCGGCGGGCGGGGCGAAAAGUACCUCGGCUCGAAGCGAUGGCCCAGGAUGCGGCAAAACAAUACCACGAUGCCAUUCGACAGCAAAAGAAGAAGCACUGGAACGAAUUCCUUGCAGAUAACGACAACAUCUGGAAAGCCGCCAAGUACCUGAAGUCGGGAGACGACGCAGCGUUCGGGAAGAUUCCGCAGCUCCUAAGAGCAGAUGGAACCACCACCAACGACCACAAGGAGCAAACGGAGGAAUUGCUCGCCAAGUUCUUCCCGCCUUUGCCAGACAGUAUCGAUGAGGAAGGCGUCAGAGCACAGAGAGCGCCCGUAGAAAUGCCAGCCAUCACGAUGGAGGAGAUAGAGCGACAACUGUCGGUGGCUAAGUCGUGGAAGGCACCCGGUGAAGACGGCCUACCGGCGAUCGUUUGGAAGAUGACGUGGUCCACAGUCAAGUACAGGGUCCUCGAUCUAUUCCAAGCCUCGCUGGGGGAGGGCAAGUUGCCAAGGCAGUGGAGACAUGCGAAGAUCAUACCGCUUAAAAAGCCAAGCAAAGAAGAUUACACUAUUGCCAAAGCGUGGAGGCCGAUCUCGCUGUUGGCGACACUGGGUAAGGUGCUGGAAUCGGUGAUUGCAGAGAGGAUCUCGCACGCGGUGGAGACACACGGGUUACUCCCGACCAGCCAUUUCGGAGCUCGAAAGCAACGGUCCGCGGAGCAAGCACUCGUACUCUUACAAGAGCAAAUAUACACGGCCUGGCGAGGCCGUCGAAUAUUGAGUCUGAUCAGCUUCGAUGUGAAAGGAGCCUAUAACGGAGUGUGCAAAGAACGACUACUCCAGAGGAUGGAAGCCCGAGGUAUACCAGAGGUCCUGCUCCGAUGGAUCGAAGCGUUCUGCUCAGACCGAACGGCAAACAUCCAGAUCAACGGACAAUCAUCUGAGGCCCAAAGCCUGCCACAGGCUGGACUACCGCAGGGAUCGCCCCUGUCACCGAUCCUAUUCCUCUUCUUCAACGCAGACCUCGUGCAAAGACAGAUCGACAGCCAAGGAGGGGCAGUCGCCUUUGUGGAUGACUAUACCGCAUGGGUGACCGGACCAACUACGCAAAGUAAUCGGGAAGGAAUCGAGGCAAUUAUUAACCAAGCACUUGACUGGGAAAGGAGAAGCGGAGCGACCUUUGAGGCUGACAAGACAGCUAUCAUACAUUUUGCCCCCAAGAUGCGUAAAGUGAACCAUGAGCCGUUUACCAUCAAGGGACAGACGGUUAUACCUAGAGAUCACGUCAAGAUCCUGGGUGUCUUAAUGGACACAAGACUUAAGUACAAGGAGCAUAUCGCGAGGGCAGCGUCCAAAGGCCUGGAGGCAGUGAUGGAGCUCCGGCGCCUUCGAGGCCUGUCUCCCGCAACAGCGCGGCAGCUGUUCACAUCGACAGUAGCCCCGGUGGUGGACUACGCGUCCAACGUCUGGAUGCACGCGUGCAAGGAUAAGGCCAUGGGGCCCAUCAAUCGGGUCCAAAGAGUAGGAGCGCAAGCUAUUGUGGGGACCUUUCUCACGGUCGCAACCAGUGUCGCAGAGGCGGAGGCCCACCUAGCUACCGCACACCGUCGAUUCUGGAAACGAGCCGUGAAAAUGUGGACAGACAUCCACACCCUGCCAGAAACCAAUCCCCUCCGCAGAAGCACAGAUCGGAUCAGAAAAUUCAGAAGAUACCACCGCUCGCCGCUCUACCAAGUAGCUGACGCGCUGAAGAAUAUCGACAUGGAAACACUGGAAACCAUCAACGCGUUCACAUUAGCACCAUGGGAGGCACGCGUGCGCACAGACGUCAAGGCAGUCCCGCAGACACUGGAUAAACCGGGCGGGUCUAUGCGGAUCGCAAUCAGCGGUUCGGCACGGAACGGGCUGGUUGGAUUUGGGGUCGCGAUCGAGAAGCAGCCACCUCGGUACCGAAAAUUGAAACUAAAGACCCUUUCUAUCACACUGGGUGCAAGAUCAGAGCAAAACCCAUUCUCUGCGGAGCUUGCCGCAAUGGCACACGCAUUGAACAUGCAAGUGGCACUGAAGAAUUACAGGAUCACGCUGCUCGCGAGUAACAAAGCGGCGACUCUCACGGUCAGGAACCCUCGACAGCAGUCGGGCCAGGACUUUGUGGGUCAAAUGUACAAGUCGAUGAGAAGAAUGCAGAGGAAUGGCAACCGGAUUGAUAUCACUUGGGUCCCUACUAGUGAGAAAAACGAAUUAUUGGGCCGGGCUAAGGGACAGGCCAGGAUCGCGACUCACGAGGACGCUCUAAUACAAGUACGAGUGCCGAGGAUGAAGUCAACUACCCUGAAUCUCGCACGUUCCCAGGUGAACACAGGCAAAAGCUUGCCAGAGAACGUCGGAAAACACGUCAAACGGGUAGACAUAGCGCUUCCAGGAAAACACACACGACAGCUGUACGAUCGCUUAUCGUGGAAAGAAGUAAGCGUGCUGGCGCAACUUCGGACUGGCAUGGCCAGACUCAAUGGAUACCUCUCCCAGAUCAACGUAGCAGAGACGGACCAGUAUGCAUGUGGACAAGCAAGAGAGACGGUGGAGCACUUCCUCUUUCGGUGCCGGAGGUGGACGGCGCACCGGACAAGACUGCUUCACUGUACGGACACUCAUCGAGGCAACAUCUCCUACUUCCUGGGCGGCAAAUCGCCAUCCGAUGACCAGAACUGGACGCCGAACUUGGAAGCGGUGCGAGCCUCAAUUCGGUUUGCAAUCGCCACGGGCCGACUUGACGUCGUAUAA